AUGGCCACCCCAGGGCUGGAGGAACUAAAUCUCCCGUGGGAGAUAAAAUUGCCUUUGAAGAAGAUAUUCCCAUGGCAACUGGUCCGUAGCCACCUUCCUUCGGGAGUAGAGGAUAUCCCCUAUGGCAACUGGACCCAGAGGACUCCAACCACAUAUUCUUCUCUUGCCCCGCGGCUUGAUUCCUCUGGAGCUGUCUUCGGGAGGUUGUGGGUGGCAAAUGGUUUCAUGACAAUCUCUCGGCAAACUGCAGCGGCUCCCGCUUCGAUCACCGGCACUCUUGCUGUUCCUGAUGAUCUGGUCUUCCAGGAGUCGUCAAGUCCACCACCCGUCUUCUUCCCGACGCUGAAUAUCCUCCUCCUCCUCCUCCUCCCCGUGCACGCUUCACCAACUCAAAACCGCCGCCUCGUCAAUCCCACAUUCCACCUCCCCUCCCGUUUCCGCCCGCAACUCGCCUCCUCCACCCAAACCCUAGGCCUCAAGCCCAACGCCACGCUCCCCCCUCCCGCUCCCGCUCGCGCUCUGCGGCAAUUCGGCGAACACCUCGCGCGCAUCUCCCCGGGUUUCCACGCCAGCCGGGCAACUUCUCCGAGCGCCCCGGCGAUGGCGAACCACGAGGCCGCGGAGGCCGCUUCCAUCCGCAACGAGGCCCGGGAGAUUUUAAACCUCCACUACGACGGCCAGCACGAGGCUGCGGUGGCCCGCGCCGUAGUGCUCGCCGCCGUGCACCCGGGCUCCGCGGUCGCUCUCAACCUCGCCGGCUUGAUCCACCGCCACGCCUUCCUCGUGGCGCGGAACGACAGGGGCGUCCACAGCGACGACGAAGACGACGACGAGAACGCGUCCGCGCUGGAGAAGUACCACCGCCAGGCCGCCCUCGACGCCUUCUCCGCCGCUGCGCGGCUCGCCCCCAGCUGCGUCGUCACCAACGCCGACCACGCCGACGCGCUCGCCGACUGCCGUCGCUUCGAGGACGCGCAGAAGGAGUUUCUCCGCAUGCUCGACACGGUCGCCAACAACGACCAAGCCGACCCGGCGCUGUACAACGUGGUGUACGACAUGAGCGGGGACUCAAGCAUGAAGGAGAGAAGGCGCGAUGCCGUGAAGAGCGCCAGCAUCUCGAUGGAGCGCUUCGCGGAAAGAAUCAACCACAGGAUUCUGCCAUUGGAGGCCGCCAAGUUGCUGGACGCCAGCAAUCUCGGCGGGCCUGCCGCCGAUGAAGCGCGAGACCGUGCAAGGCUUCUCGCCGAGACCUACCCCUACUCGCCGCGCGCCCAGAUACUCCGCGCGUACAUCGACUUGGCACCAGUCCGUGCCCUCGAUCCGGCAAUGGACAAGAAGCAGCUUCUGCGCCGCGCGCUCACCACCGUGUCUCAAGCGGCAGAAAACUUCGACCACUCGCUCAUGGUUGCCUUGUUCCACGCCAAGCUCUUGUUCGUCCUGGAUAACUUUGAUGCUGCGGAGAGAGAGUGCCGCCGGGCACUUCGCAUCGAGACGCCGAAUGACCCCAAGUGGGAUGACAUACCUCCCAUGGCUGCUCUUGGGGCAGAUUCUGAUGCCAGAGUAUCUUAUGUCAAGAAGCAGCUCCGUGUCUUGCUCAAGCAGAUCAUAGUUGUGGCUGCACUAUACUGGUCCUCCAUGAAGAAUGCACCGCAGGGCCAACGCGUUGUAUCAGUGACGGUUGAUACGCUGCAUGCGCACUAUGAUGGAAUCGACAAGUCGGCAGCAAAGACCAUUUCUGAUGCAACGCGCUUUCUCAAGAAUCAGGAGUCAUGGAGUUCUUGGAUUUGCCUCAAUUCCCGUUGUGAUGGCAAGAAGUUUCAGACACUAGUUCGCUCUGGCAACACAUAUGCAGCAAGCACCGAGAUGAGCUCUGGGGGAAGCUGCAGUCACUUAUAGAUCCAGUAUAUUAUGAGAAUACAUCACAGGAUGAUCACUCGUUGGUUGGGAUAACUCUCAGCCGCCAGUCUGACACCUUCCUUUUACCAAGGGUGCAGGAUAUGUUUGAAUCCUUGCUGCUUUCACCAUCUGUUGGAAUACAGGCAGAGCCCUUCACUGAAAUGCGACAAAGGAAAUGCAGAGAAGGAUCUGAGAUCCUUGGGAGCAUCAGGGAGAAGCUGAGGAUGUUGCCUAAAGAUACACUUAGCACUAAGUUUCAGGAGUGCUGUUCUCGAAUAGAGAAAUUGUGGCUAAAGUUUCUUCAAGUUACUGUUGUGGACUAUCGUGAAAUCAUUCUUCCCCUUGCAAGAUCAUACCAAUGG